UUAUUGAGAACCCAAGACGAACACAUAGGACAGGAAGUUAUCACGAUUGUUCUCCCGGCACCGGAAGUCGCCUCAUUCUCAGGAAAGAUGGCAUCCGUGACUGUGCGAUCUGCUCCUGUCAGCGGCUUUGAUUUCGGGAACUGUAGGAGAAAUGCUCUUCUGGAAAAGGAAUUGACACAGAAAGGGCACAAGCUUCCCGCAGCUCGCAAAACUGGGACCACGAUUGUCGGAGUGGUGUUCAAGGAUGGUAUUAUACUUGGCGCUGAUACCAGAGCCACAGAAGGGAUGGUGGUAGCUGACAAGAACUGCUCUAAGAUCCAUUACAUAGCUCCCAAUGUCUACUGUUGCGGUGCUGGAACAGCGGCUGAUACAGAAAUGACAACCCAGAUGAUCUCUUCCAACAUGGAGCUCCACUCUUUGUCGACAGGACGUUUACCCAGAGUAGCGACUGCUAACCGAAUGCUUAAGCAGAUGCUGUUCAGGUACCAAGGCUACAUCGGUGCUGCCCUUGUACUAGGAGGGGUUGAUAGUACUGGCCCACAUCUGUACAGCAUAUACCCCCAUGGGUCCACAGACAAGCUUCCCUAUGUGACAAUGGGCUCUGGUUCUUUGGCAGCGAUGGCAGUUUUUGAGGACCGCUAUAGACCAGACAUGGAGGAGGAAGAAGCCAAACAGCUCGUGCGAGACGCUAUUGCCUCUGGUAUCUUUAAUGACUUGGGAUCUGGAAGUAACAUAGACCUGUGUGUGAUUACCAAGAACAAGGUGGACUAUAUCCGUCCUCAUGAUGAGGCUAACAAGAAAGGAGUGAGGGCAGGAAAUUACAAAUACAAGAGAGGUACCACUGGAGUUCUGUCCGAAAAGAUUACCCAUUUCAACCUGGAUGUGAUGGAAGAAACUGUGCAGACUAUGGAUAUCUCCUAAUUUCUUUGCUUGUGUUGGGGCAUUAAAGGAGUUGUCCGGCCAGUAUACAAAAAA